AUGAAGCUUCUCUCUGUCUGCGCAAUUGCCUUGUUGGCAGCUCAGGCAGCGGGUGCUUCCAUCAAGCACAUGCUCAAUGGCUUCACUCUUAUGGAGCACUCGGAUCCUGCGAAGCGGGAACUGCUACAGAAAUACGUCACCUGGGAUGAGAAGUCACUGUUUGUCAAUGGCGAGAGAAUCAUGAUUUUCAGCGGCGAAGUUCACCCUUUCAGACUGCCCGUUCCUUCGCUGUGGCUCGAUGUCUUUCAGAAAAUCAAGGCCCUGGGGUUCAAUUGCGUUUCAUUCUACGUCGACUGGGCCCUCCUCGAAGGAAAACCUGGCGAGUACAGGGCUGAAGGCAACUUUGCCCUCGAGCCUUUCUUUGACGUGGCUAAGCAGGCAGGAAUCUAUCUCCUCGCUCGUCCUGGACCUUAUAUCAAUGCUGAGGCUUCGGGCGGUGGUUUCCCUGGAUGGUUGCAGAGAGUGAACGGAACCCUGCGGACAUCCGAUCCCGCGUACCUGAAGGCUACUGAUAACUACAUUGCCCAUGUUGCUGCUACUAUUGCCAAAGGCCAAAUCACAAACGGGGGCCCCGUCAUUCUUUAUCAACCGGAGAAUGAGUACAGCGGGGCGUGUUGUGAUGCUACUUUCCCCGAUGGGGACUACAUGCAAUAUGUCAUCGACCAGGCUCGAAACGCCGGUAUUGUUGUACCAUUGAUCAAUAACGAUGCCUGGACUGGAGGACACAAUGCCCCUGGGACGGGCAAGGGCGAGGUUGACAUCUAUGGUCACGAUAGCUAUCCACUAGGAUUUGACUGUGGACACCCAAGCGUUUGGCCCAAGGGCAACCUGCCAACCACUUUCCGGACGGAUCACUUGAAGCAGAGCCCGACAACCCCGUACUCUCUUAUUGAGGUGUGUGUGUGUCUCAAAUGCCCUCGGAUCCGGACACCACUAAUCGUCGUGCAGUUCCAAGCAGGUUCCUUUGAUCCAUGGGGUGGACCCGGCUUUGCAGCAUGCGCCGCCCUCGUCAAUCACGAGUUCGAGAGAGUAUUCUACAAGAAUGACCUAAGCUUUGGAGCUGCUAUCCUGAACUUGUACAUGACCUUUGGCGGCACGAACUGGGGUAACCUUGGCCAUCCCGGUGGAUACACAUCCUACGAUUAUGGAUCGCCGCUGACUGAAUCUCGCAAUGUCACUCGAGAGAAGUACAGUGAGCUCAAGUUAAUCGGUAACUUCGUGAAAGCCUCGCCGUCUUACCUUCUGGCUACGCCUGGCAAUUUGACUACCUCUGGAUAUGCCGACACCGCUGAUUUGACCGUGACUCCUUUGCUGGGCAAUGGCACUGGAUCGUACUUUGUUGUCAGACAUACGGAUUACACCAGCCAGGCAUCUACCCCGUACAAACUCAGCCUCCCAACCAGUGCUGGAAGACUCACAGUUCCCCAGCUCGGCGGUACUCUGACGCUCAAUGGACGUGAUUCCAAAAUUCAUGUUGUGGACUACAACGUCGCGGGGACCAAUAUCAUAUACUCGACUGCCGAAGUCUUCACCUGGAAGAACUUUGGGGAUAGCAAAGUCCUCAUCUUGUAUGGUGGACCUGGCGAGCACCAUGAGCUGGCGGUUUCCCUCAAGUCCGACGUCCAGGUCGUCGAAGGAUCUAAUUCAGAAUUCAAGUCGAAGAAGGUGGGGGAUGUUGUUGUGGUUGCCUGGGAUGUGUCUCCAUCCCGCCGUAUUGUCCAGAUUGGCGACCUCAAGAUAUUCCUGCUGGAUAGGAACUCUGUCUACAAUUACUGGGUGCCACAACUUGACAAGGACGACUCGUCAACGGGCUACAGCUCCGAAAAGACUACUGCUUCGUCCAUUAUUGUCAAGGCUGGUUACCUUGUGCGAACCGCUUAUACUAAGGGCUCCGGCCUCUAUCUUACUGCUGACUUCAACGCAACAACUCCUGUCGAAGUGAUCGGAGCCCCGUCAAACGUCCGGAACCUGUACAUCAACGGCGAGAAGACCCAGUUCAAGACCGAUAAGAAUGGUAUCUGGUCAACUGAGGUCAAGUACAGUGCUCCUAAGAUCAAGCUUCCCAGCAUGAAGGAUCUGGAUUGGAAGUAUCUUGAUACUCUGCAGGAGGUUCAGUCAACCUAUGACGAUUCUGCGUGGCCAGCAGCCGACCUGGACACCACACCUAACACCUUGCGACCCUUGACCACGCCAAAGUCUCUGUACUCGUCGGACUAUGGCUUCCAUACGGGUUACCUGAUCUACCGCGGCCACUUUGUUGCUGACGGCAGCGAGACUACAUUUGACGUGCGCACGCAAGGAGGCUCGGCCUUUGGCAGUUCCGUCUGGCUGAACGAAUCAUUCCUAGGCUCCUGGACUGGUCUCAACGCCAAUGCGGACUACAACUCAACCUACAAAUUGCCGCAGGUCGAGCAAGGCAAGAACUAUGUCCUCACUAUUCUCAUUGACACAAUGGGCCUCAACGAGAACUGGGUUGUCGGCACGGACGAGAUGAAGAACCCCCGGGGUAUUCUCUCCUACAAGCUCUCCGGCCGGGACGCCUCCGCCAUCACCUGGAAAUUGACCGGAAACCUCGGCGGAGAGGAUUACCAAGACAAGAUCCGCGGCCCUCUGAACGAAGGUGGAUUGUAUGCCGAACGGCAAGGCUUCCACCAGCCCCAGCCGCCCAGCCAGAAGUGGAAAUCAGCUAGUCCUCUCGAUGGGUUAUCCAAGCCUGGCAUUGGCUUCUACACCGCUCAGUUUGAUCUGGAUAUCCCAAGCGGGUGGGACGUGCCGCUCUACUUCAACUUUGGCAACAGCACGAAGUCAGCCUACCGGGUGCAGCUGUAUGUCAACGGAUACCAGUACGGCAAGUUCGUCAGCAACAUAGGCCCUCAGACAAGCUUCCCCGUCCCGCAGGGUAUCCUGAACUAUCAGGGAACCAAUUGGGUUGCGUUGACUCUCUGGGCACUCGAGUCGGAUGGUGCCAAGUUGGAUGACUUUGAGUUGGUGAACACCACACCAGUCAUGACUGCCCUAUCAAAAAUUCGGCCAUCAAAGCAGCCAAAUUAUCGUCAACGGAAGGGGGCGUAUUGA